UGUUGCAUUUCAGAUCUGGAUGUUGUGUCUGUUACCUCAUCAAUAAGCGAAGUUUAGAGGAUAGUGGAAGUGUUAUUUGAAAGUUGUUCAAAAUGAAUAAAGUAUCUUGGGGUUGCACUGUUAUCACCCAGCUGUGUCUCUGCAUUGCUCUCUACAUAGCUCUCAACUUGGGUCAACCUCAAACCUUGGUCAAGAGAAAUGCAACUGGCCAUGGUGAACCUCUUGAUCUUUACUUUAUCAGUGUCAAAGGGGGUUUCAGACCCCUUAGCCAUCAAUUCCAGCUUCUCAAACAGAUGGAGAAGGUGGCAAGAACUUACAAGGCAAGUUUUGUUAUGUGCAGCAGUGAGCUUGGGGAAAAUGAUCCACUCAUGCAGAAUGCUACUCAACAUUUUCCAUCACUGAGACUUCCCUGGUACACGACAUACACGGCUUCAGCUUCAAAGUCAAAAGGGCAAGAAGUGGGUUGCUUUGCAAAGAAGAUCAAGAUAUCUAAUGGGAAAACCUUAGAUGUCAUUGGUUUGGAUACUGAAUUACUGCAAGACUUGGUCUUGAAGGGAUCAUUAAGUGGGAACAGAAACAAUCAAUUGGAUUGGCUGAUCAGAGCACUGGAAGCAAACAGUAGCAACUGGCGCAUUGUUAUUGGAUACCAACCGCUGGUCAUUUGUGGAGAGAAUAAGGAUCAAAUGAAGAAAAAGCAUGUUUUUGAGUAUUUGCACAGUAUAUUUCUGAAAUUUGCAGUAAAUGUGUACCUGAGUGGGCAGGAUUGUACUAACCAUGCCAUUGAGGGUAGUGUUGCUUACAUUGGAAACCCUGGCUUGAUUGAGAAAAAACCCUAUUCAGUUUUUCUAAAUGGAAAUUCUGUCUUUAGCAGAGAAUUGGCAAAUGGAUUCCUUCUUCACCGAGUCAGCUCGGUGCAAAUUGUGGGUAACCUACUAUAUAAAUUUAGCUGGUGAAGUUGCUUACAAAACUGUGCUCCGACAGAAGGGUAGAGAGGCCAUGUAAAUAUUUCCAGUUCAAGAUCCACAAUAUUACUUGGUGUUGUUGGACAAAUUUGUGGAGAAUUACACGAGAAAACUAUGCUCCAACAUGCACUUAUUCUUUUUAGCCUUCGUGCUGUUGUACCACUUCAAGUUUUUUGGUCCUAUUUCAUCAUAAGUUUUCCCCAGCUUGCUUCUCAGACAAAGAACAAUGCUAUCCAAUUCAAAGCCAUUUUUUAAACAACUUUUCAAUAUUUUGGAAAGUUUUAGGAACUCGAAGAUGUUUAAGAUUCAAUUGCUGUAUUCAUACUUUAUGCUCUCUAGUUUUGGAAUCAAAACCAAUAUGGUGAUUUUACAGUUAAGUAUAAAAUAAGUACUAGGUGCUUUUAUUUAGUUUAAAAUUAGAAUUGA